CAUGAUGGUUCGUAAUUAAUGACAGGAUUUUAAUUUUAGGGUGAAUUACACUUUAAUAUAUGACAUGUACCAGAACCUGAAGCAGGACAUUUUUAUAAUGAUAUAAAGGCCUUUUACUUACAAUGGUAUAUUAUACGAAGUAAGCUAUCUGACAGAAGGCAUUUACAACAGGUUUUUUCAAAUACGAUAUGUAAGCUUUACAGGGUUAAAGUCUCAAAACAGUUCAGGUGAAGAAACCUCUUUUUAGAGAUCAACCCCGAUUAAGAUCUGUUGUAUAAGAUUAAGUUAAUGAGUGCAAGAAUAGUUUUGUUUGAGAUUAUUGUAAAAUGUUUAAAUAAUUAAUGUUUGAUAAGCUACCAUAAGUAAAUGAGUGGCAUUCUGCCAGAAAUAGUGGAUCUUGAUUCGUCUCUCAUUUAACUUUAAACAAGGUUUCUCUUCACUGAGGGUACAAGUACAACAAGUACCACAGUGAGACCAUGUCACUGAAGGUAAAACCAGUCACUUCUUGGAAUUGGGAACAUUAAACUGACAUGUCUGAGCUCCGAGAGACUGUACAACACGUGCUAAUGAGUUUUAAAGCACAUAAAACAUAGUGAUACAUAGUUUGCCAACCACCAUUAAACCCAUUGACAUGGUGGAGGACAAGUGAUGUCCAAAAAGGAAAAAGAAUUUCAAACAGGUUUGGAGAAAGUUUAAAAGGGAGAGUACAAGACAGACAGUUAAGGUUAGGGGUAGAGUUUGCCUAUGUCUUUUCUUUCUUUGUAGAUCCCAUCCCUUAAAGAUCUCCAACCUGCAGCUAAAGCCUUCUCCCGUUAAAAGGAAUCAGAACAAGAACUCAGCAAGAUGUCUAAUUCCAGAAAAGGGGUCAAGUUGUUCUAUGAUGUCAUCUCUCCUUAUUCCUGGCUGGCAUUUGAGGUGCUGUGCCGCUAUAGAAAUGUUUGGAACAUUGACCUCACACUCAAGCCGGCAUAUUUAACAGGAGUCAUUUACGGCUCAGGUAACCAGCCUGCUGGAGCAAACCCUAGCAAGCUUAUGUACAUGGUCUCAGAUCUAAAGCUGACUUCUGAGUAUUUUGGAGUCCCGAUGUUUCGACCUUCAAGCAUUUCUGAGAAAGACUCUUUGAAUGCGAUGCGUUUUGUGACAGCUAUAGCAGAGAAGGGAAAAGAUGGAGACACACUGGAAAGGGUGUCUAGAGAGCUCUGGAAGAGAAAGUGGCGUACUCAACAGGACAUUACCCAGCCUGCCUCACUCACUGAUGCAGGAUUAAAGGCAGGUCUCUCAGCCAAUGAGGUGGAGGAAAUUCUGACUCUCUCCAAAUCUCAGCCAAUCAAAGACAAGCUGAAAAGUGUCACAGAAGAAGCACUGGAGUAUAGAUGCUUUGGUUUUCCGUUUAUCGUGUGCAAUGUGAAUGGGAAAGCUAAAGUCUUCUUUGGUUCCGACAGAUUUGAGCUCAUGGCUUAUUUCUUUGGAGAGAAGUGGGUGGGGCCUCAACCUGACAAGCCUACUGUCCAAAUGUGAUCACUACUCAUUCAAACUAUGUCUAUUUUAACAAUUUCUAAAUAAAAUGUUUAAAAUACUGUAAAUUCCAAACAGGUUUAGAGAAAGUUUAAAAGGGAGAGUACAAGGCAAACAGUUAAGGUUAGGGGUACACUGUUAAAAUAAAAUCUGUAAUAUUUUUGGUAAAAUACCAGCAGCUGUGUUUGCCAGAACGUCAGCGUUAAAAAUAUGGUAGCAACAUUUUAGGUUUUAGAGACUUAACUUAAAUUCACAAUAAAAUAACAUAUUUUGUUAACUGAUCUAAUGUUCUAAUAUUAAUAAACCAACAUCCAUUUUGAACCAUGGUAAUGAAAGUGAAGUGACAUUCAGCCAAGUAUGGUGACCCAUACUCAGAAUUUGUGCUCUGCAUUUAACCCAUCCGAAAUGCACACACACAGAGCAGUGCACCGAUAACCACCAAAAACUGGUGGUGAUGAGAAAGUCACAUGAUGAAUCAAAGCUCAUCACUAACAGAUCUUCCACAACCUGAGAAAGAAUAUAUAUAUAUAUAUAUAGUCAUGGCCAAAAAUAUUGGCACCCUUGGUUAAUAUGAACAAAGAAGGCUGUGAAAAUGUAUCUGCAUUGUUAAUCCUUUUGAUCUUUUAUUUAAAAAAUCACAAAAAUGUACCUUUUCUUUGGAUAAUAAGAAUUUAAAAUGGGGGGAAAUAUCAUUAUGAAAUAAAAGUUUUUCUCAAAUUCUCA